AUGGUGCGACAAGAAGUUGCCCUUCUGCUUGCAUCGGCUUUUGCUCUUGUAAUUAUGUCCUCAAUGGCUUCAGCUGCGGUCGUGGAACACACAUUCAAUGUGGAAAACGUGAUGGUGAGGAAAUUAUGCUACAAGCGUGUGAUCACCGCAGUGAACGGAGCUCUUCCUGGCCCGACGAUUCAAGUCACGGAGGGAGACACCCUCGUUGUUCAUGUCUUCAACAAGUCCCCAUACAACGUCACUAUUCACUGGCACGGAGUGUUCCAACUAUUGAGUGGCUGGGCAGAUGGACCUAGUUAUAUUACGCAAUGUCCAAUACGUCCUGGACAUAGUUAUACCUAUAAAUUUACUAUCACUAAUCAGGAAGGCACGCUCUGGUGGCAUGCUCACGUCUCCCUUCUCCGUGCCACCGUUUAUGGUGCCCUUGUCAUCCUUCCCAAGUCUGGUCACUACCCAUUUCCCAUGCCCCACAAACAAUUUCCUAUCAUUCUAGGAGAGUGGUGGAACGGGAAUGUGAUCGAUAUUCAGAACCAGGCACAGCAGCUUGGCACGGCGCCUAACAAUUCAAAUGCAUUCACCAUUAAUGGAAGGCCUGGAGAUCUCUAUCCUUGCUCCAAAAAGCAUACCUACAAGCUAAAGGUGGUACAUGGAAAGACCUACAUGCUUCGCAUAAUCAAUGCUGCACUCAAUAGCCAACUUUUCUUCAAAAUAGCCAAACACAAGUUCACCGUGGUCGCAGUCGACGCCUCGUACACUGACCCCUACGUCACCGACGUCGUCCUUCUCGCCCCAGGCCAAACGGCAGACGUGCUCCUCAUCACGGACCAGAUCCCACGGGCCUACUACAUGGCGGCCCGCCCGUAUGUUAGUGCCCAAAACGCUCCGCCAUCUGAUAACACCACCACGACCGGGAUCCUCAUUUACGACAAGCUGCCCUACACGAGCCCAGUCAUGCCUCGCUUGCCGGCCCUCAACGACACCCCGACGGCCUACAAAUUCUCCACCUCCUUGACCAGCCUCGCUUGGAGCCCGAAUUGGAAGCCUGUGCCGACUAAGCUGGACGAGGAAAUGCUCGUGACCAUCGGAUUGAGUGUCUCCCCGUGUGGCCCCACCAACGCGUGUACCGGCGUCCCCAACAACCCUGCCCUCCGGCUGUCAGCAACCAUGAACAACGCGUCGUUCCUACUCCCCAAGAGCCCGUCCAUCUUGCAAGCACACUUCUUCAACGUGAAAGGAAUCUACACCCCCGAUUUCCCCGACCAGCCGCCGCUGAAAUUCAAUUACACGAACCCCGCCAACGUCAAUAGCAGAGCGUUGUCAUUCGCUCUCCAGAACACAAGGGUGAAGCAAGUGAAGUACAACGCGACGGUCGAGAUCGUGUUCCAGGACACAACCGUCCUGGGCGCAGAGAAUCACCCUAUGCACUUGCACGGUUACGACUUCCACGUGGUGGGACAAGGGUUCGGGAACUUCGAUCCGGUUGAGGAUCGGAAGAAGUUCAAUCUCUUCAACCCGGUAAUACGUAACACAGUCGGCGUGCCCGCGGGGGGUUGGGCUGCCAUCAGAUUCCAAGCAAACAAUCCAGGUGCAUGGAUAUUGCACUGCCACCUGGACGCCCACUUGACUUUUGGACUAGCGACGGUCAUCAUCGUCGAGAACGGGCCGACCCCAUCGUCGAUGUUGCCUCCACCUCCUCCUGAUUUGCCUCAGUGUUAGGACUGAGAGCACAAAAACACUCUUCGUCUUUUUGUUCUUUCUGGAUGCAACCCCAUUAUGAUGCACAGCCAUUCAUUGCUUCCUUCCUUCGACAAUGCCGAUACAAUAAAGAGAAUUCAUGUUUUCCCGUCCUUCGGUUCAAAUACAUCCUCCGCCUUUGGCCAGUGAUUUUGUGUCUUUAAUAUAU